AUGGGGAAAAUGGUGAUGGCCAAGUCCAAGCUGUCCUACGAGGAGUCUCGUAGGCAGAGAUUGGAGGAAAACAAGAAGAGAAUGGAAGCACUGAAUCUGCCUCAGCUUGCUCAGGCUCUUAAAACCACAUCUUCUCCCAAACCCUCCCCUAUGAAGCGGACGAAGCCUCGUACCGUCGAGAAGAAGAUGGUUGUGGUGAGGAGGUCCUCUCGCGUCGCAAACCUGCCUAACCCUGUUUACAAAGAAGUUGUUGUUGAUCGAGUGAUGAUACCCAGAAAGACCUACUCUAGUAGGCACAGGGAUUUGUCGAACCGGGUAUAUGCUUCAGAUGAAGCCAGAGCUGAAGCCAUGGAGAGAGCUGAGAAUUUAGAGUCUGGUUUGGGAUCCGAUCACCCGAUCUUUGUAAAAACAAUGCUCCCAUCUCAUGUUUCUGGUGGAUUCUGGCUGGGUCUUCAAGUCCAGUUCUGCAAGGAGCACCUCCCAAAGGGUGAUGAAGUUAUGACAUUGAUAGAUGAAGAUGGCGACGAGUACCCAACAAUAUACUUGGCCCGGAAGACAGGACUCAGUGGUGGAUGGAAGGGAUUUGCAGUUGCUCAUGAUUUGGUUGAUGGGGAUGCAUUGGUUUUUCAGUUGAUUCGCCGUACAGCAUUCAAGGUGUACAUUUUAAGGGUGGGAAGGCCUGAAGAUGGCAACAAGCUUUAA